UGUUUCACUCAGAUAUGGACACACAAAGGACGAAAAGAAGAAAAGAAAGGACGAAAACAGAAUGCCCUAGACAUAGACCUACACAACUUGGCACAUCUAAAUUUGUGUGCGAUUUAUUCAUGGUGAAUCCCUUGAGAUGUGCAGCGAAGACUGAAGAGACAAACACGAGGAAAGCACGCAUGCGAGCUAUGAAUUUAUGCAAGCCCAUCAUCAGCCCUGUCCAAUCAAAACUAACUAGUCCCCCUGCAGACAAAGCCUCGUCAAUUUUGAAGAUCUCAGUGGACCUCAGGCCAAUUUUGAUGUCUGCCACUUUGAUGCCACCUGCACUGAAAACAGAUGACACAGAAGAACCUUCUUUUGAAAGGCUGGGAAACGAGGACAGCCAGCACAGCAGUGAAUACAAAAUAUUACCAGAAGUCGACAGGACAAUUUCUGGCAAUCAAAAUGCAAAUCAGAUGGAUCAUAAACCCAAUCUGAGAACAAUGUUGCCCCCCUUGAAAUCUCACAUUACCCAACCCUUAAAUUAUUGCAUGAAGCAUCACAAUGUUCUACCAGCCAUUGCAGAGAAGCAGCCUCCAGAUAUUGUGGUUACUAAGUCAGAAAGAGAAGAAAAGGAAGAAGAAAUAACAUUUGAACAUUUGAAAAAGGAUUCGAAGAAGGAUAAACUGAACCAGAAUAUAUGGGCGUUGGUGUCACCCUCUGAUGUUGAGAUGCUGUCGACGUUGAAGCUCCCAGAUAUUUCUGUUUCAAACAUUCAGAUGCUCAUUGAGAGUGUACAGAGGACACUGGACAGAGGCAAAGUAAAACUUCCUGAGAUUGACCAUUAUGGAGCUCAAGGGGAACAGACCAAGAUGCCACCCAGGAACCCUUGCAGUCCUCCCCUUGUCAGCAGACGUACGAACCAGCCUGUUGUCCUCUGUCUCCAAAAGAAGACACACAAUUUGACAUGGUCUGUCAGCCCAUAAAGUUCAGUGACCAUGUGAAAAGAAGCCAAAACUGCACAGGAACCAAGAAACAUAUGCAGAUGUUUGCAUAAUCUUUUUUAUCACUACCUUCAGUAUAACGUCCUGGUACAGCUUCCUUGUAAGGAGAUGCUACGGCAAAUUAAACGGAUAAGCAAGAAGGAAAGAACAUUCAAUGGCAUCCCACAAAAUCUGUUCAAAGUAGUGUUUUCACGUUUGCGAAUGAAUCAAUUAUUUUGAACGACUCCUAGAUGUGGACGACGGGAACCGAAUCCCAGUUGGCCGCUACUCAUUUCAGUUUUUUUUCAUUUGUUUUAAGCAUGUGACCUUCGUUUGAGUACUCUAAUUUGGGGGAAAACACAAGUGUCUGCCUCAGAGAGUGGCAGAAACAGUCUUUAGAAGGAGGGGGACAAUCAGUUGUUUUGGACAAAAUGACCUAGAGGAACAAUCCACUAUGAUCCGGAUCCCAUCUCUAAUUCAAACAUCUGUACAUUCAGGCAGAGGAAAGGAAGACCAGCACCAUCCACCUGGUCCCUUCCCACCCACUCCAUCCUUGUUAGACCUGCUAUAAUGUGCCUU